AUGUCGACAAUAGCUAAUAAACAAAAAUUAGUAGAACAAUUACGAGCUGAAGCUAAUAUUGAACGUGUUAAAGUGUCGAUUGUAUGCAAAGAUUUAAUCAAAUUUUGUCAAGAUCAUGAAAGUGGAGAUGUUUUAGUUCGUGGAUGGGCUGGAUUUGCAAGAGAAAAUCCAUUUAAAGAAAAGCAAGGUUGUGUUACUUUAUGA